AUGCUCGACCUCACCGCAACACUCAAUUCAAUCCCCCUAUCGGUCCUCUUAUCUGGUCUGAUCGCCAUGGGCGUCCUGUCCUGGCUUCGCCCGAAGGGUCGGAUAGCAUUCCAUCAUGCCAAAGACAAUAACUUGAUGUUGACCAAGGUCUCGGGCAAAGAACAGAGCUUCGUGGAUGUCUGUCGGUCUGCCACACCAGAAACAUGUGAAUUAAACCCAUUCCUGUACAAUGGCCACCUACAGACGGCCUACACCACUCUCAAACACGACAAUGUUCCUGUUUACUACAAGCGUCGCAUGUUCGAGUCCCAGAACCCUGGGUUUGCGGGCCAUUAUGCUAUGGACUUUGUGGUCCCGCCGUACGACAUGCCUCAAGACCCGGAAUUGACUGACCAGGCGAGAACGCAUACCCAGGAUUCUGGUAUGCCGCCUCGCACAUCCUUCUUCUCUGGAGAGGAGUUUACUGCUCUUCCUUCCGACGAUACCAAACCCAUGCUGGUAGUCCUACACGGGCUUAGUGGCGGUUCCCACGAGGUGUACCUGCGACAUGUGCUGGCCCCAUUGGUGGCUGAUGGUACUUGGGAAGCAUGUGUGGUCAACUCCAGAGGCUGCUCGCAUACUAAAAUCAGUACUGGAGUUCUAUACAACGCUCGGGCUACCUGGGAUGUUCGUCAGGCUGUGAAAUGGGUUCGACAAACAUUCCCCAAUCGCCCUCUGUUUGGUCUUGGGUUCUCGUUGGGUGCGAACAUUCUCACUAAUUAUUUGGGAGAGGAGGGUGAUGCAUGUCUGCUGAACGCUGCUGUGGUUUGCGCUAGUCCAUGGGAUUUGACAGUCAGCAAUGUGAAAUUGCAAAAUACCUGGAUCGGAAAAAAUGUCUACAGCAAAGCCAUGGGCACCAGCAUGAAGAAGCUCUUUGAACAGCACGUGGACAUGGUUUCCAAAAACCCCCGAAUCGACGUAGAUGCCAUUCGGGGCAUUACUUAUCUUCAUGAAUUUGACCGUGCUUUGCAAUGCCCAACUUGGGGUUAUCCAACCGAAGGAGCUUACUACCGCGAUGCUGCUUCUGUUGACUCUAUGCUUGCUAUCAGAAUUCCAUUUUUUGCCAUUCAAGCGGAAGAUGAUCCCAUCGCCUGCAAAGAGGCUCUCCCCUAUCAUGAAAUGGCACAAACACCAUAUGGAGUAAUGUUGACUACUUCGUGGGGUGGCCACCUGGGUUGGUUCGAACUCGGAGGAUCCAGGUGGUUUGUCAAGCCGGUGAUAAACUACUUGAACAAGAUGGCCAAGGAAAUUGACACUACUGUUCCCGGUGUUGUCGAAAAUCCCGAAAGACUCCCUGGAAACAUCGCCCACCACGACGAUCCCAACAAAGACCCCGAUCUCGCACCGAAGCCUCAAUUCCACCCUAUGCAGCGCAAACUUGCACUGCCAUUGGGAAUCUAG